CAUUUUUAUUCUGGACGCCUCGUGACGUAACGACGCCGUACGCUCUGCGCUACGUUCCCAUGGCAAGAUGGCGGCGUCCUGAGCAGACAACUCUUCUGUCCGAUUUUCAUGUUUAUUUUGUGAGGUUUUUAUAAAGUACAUAAAGAUGCCUGCAGUACUGAUCCUCAGCAAUGAGGUGGUCAAGAUGAGGCCAGAGGUUAAACGGGUGAAGGUGCUUCUCAUCCGGAAACUCAUCCGUCAGAUCUCAGUCCUGGAGAAGAAGAAAGGAAGUGAGGCAGACUUGGAGAAGUUCCGCAGGCGAGCGGCCAGACUUCGGGAGGAGAUCCAUGAGCUGAAGACUAUCACGCCUGACAGCGUCACCAAGGCCGCCCUACAGAAGGACAUAAGCUUUGAGAAAGUGUGCCGGAAUAAAGAGGCUAGCCUAUCCGAACGAGCCAUCGCCCGCGUCGCCACACACCCACAGUUCAGCAAGAAAAUCCUGAACAUAAAGGCAGCCAUCAAAGCCUUCAAAGAAGAGAGAACAAAUGCAUUAAAAUCAGAAAAACAAGCAAAUAACAAUGCAGAAAAUGUCACGUUGCUAGAUCAGUCACAAGCAGACAGCGAUGAUGAUGAUUUGGGUUCAGAGAAGUCAAGCGAUGAAGAUGAUGAUGAGAAACUGAAAGAGGAUGAUGGUGAUAAAAAGACAGAUGAAGACAGGCAAGAGGAGACUGAUGGUUCCACACAGGAGAGCCAGAAGACGAGUGUAGAGACAAUAAAUGAACAGACCAAUCAGUGCCAGAAGGAAGAAUCACCAACAGUUGAGGAAUCAUCUGAAACAGUGGGCAUCCCAGAGGAGGUAAUCAGGAUGAGGAAGGAAGUGAAGAGGACGAGGGUACUGAUCAUCAGUAAAAUGGCAGAGCAAGUGGCUUCUCUGAAGAAGAAGAAGAAGAAGAAAGGUCAGGAAUCAGAGGUGAAGGAAAGCCAAGAAAAAGCAGCAGAAAUCAUAAAAGAAAUCAAGGCUUUAAGGAGCCUUAAACUGGAUCAGGUGACCAUGACUGCACUUCAGGAGAAUGAUGACCUUCAGAAGGAUUUGCAGGACCCUCAGGCAAGCCCAGUGGACCGAGCCAUUGCACAUAUCGCCACACAUUCCCGCUUCAUCAAUAAGCUUCAGAAGGUCAAAGAAGCCAUCAAAGAAGAAAGAGCUAAGGCUGCUGAAGCUAAGCAGAAGAAAACUGACAAACUGGAUACGGUGCAGUCCAAGAGUGAAGAUGAGGAACCAGAGGAGGAAGAUGAGGAAUCGGAAGAGGAACCUGAGGAAGACAAGGAACCAGAGGACGACCACAACAGUGUUCACAGUGAAGACGAUGGUGAUGUGGUAGAGGAAAAAUUGAACCUUCCUACCACUGAGAUCCAUACGUCUAGUGUUGCAGAGCCAACAGAAAGUACAGACUCUGAUCUUGUAAAGGUGCCACCUUCCAAGAUCAUCACAACAUCUCCAGAAAAAUCCAAAAGGGUUGAAGUUAAAUCACAGAAAGCAGAGGCCACGGCUUCUAAUGUCAAAAGUUCUCCUGAAAAGUCUUUAAAUGUAAGUAAGAAGAACAUUGGUAAAGCAAGCAAAGUAAUGGAGACCACCUUAAAGCCACAAAAAGACCUACCUGAGACCAAGAGGGAUGAGGCAGAAAAAGACGAGGAAGAGAGUGAUUUAUCAGAUGAGGAGGAAGAGAAGGAAUAUUUCGACGACAGCACAGAGGAACGUUUCCAUAAGCAGUCGUCUCAGUCUGAAGAGAGUGAUGAUGAUGACUUCUUUCUGGGCAAAGUUAGCAAAUUCAAGAAGCGGAAAAGUAACCAAAGUAAAGUCGAGGAGAAAAAGAGUGAGCUUCAAAAAACUGACAAGGAGGCUACCGGAAAACCCCAUGAGACGAACCUUGGUAAAUUACAGUCUGUGUUUUGCUCAGUGUUGUCCAAAUCUAGCAUGUCCUCUCAGAAAGCAAAGGUUGGCUCUCACAGUGACGGCCCAAGACCUUCUCGAUUCCAGAACCAGAGGAAAGGCCCUGAGGGUAGGAUGAAAGCAUCUCAAUAUAAAGGCCAAGACAUUGGCGCUGACAGGAGGACGGGACCAUUCAAACCCAAUAGACAGACUUUUAAAGUUGCUGAACAAAAACAAGCGGGACCUUCAGGGGCAGGGAGGGGAAGGCCACAGUUUGAGCAGAAGCGGAAUCCCAGAGGUCCACCUGGCAGGAUGUCAGACCCACCCCAGCAGUCCCUUCAUCCCUCCUGGGAGGCUAGCAGGAAGAGAAAGGAACAGCAGGCACAAAUCACAGUGUUCCAAGGGAAAAAGAUCAGAUUUGAUGAUGAUGAUGAUUAAGAAAAGACUGCUCAAAUUCAUUUGAUGCAUUUAUAUUUUAAAACAUAAAAAUUAUUCCUGUUAAACUAUUUACUGUGAAUUUGUAUUAAAACACAGAUGUGAAA